AUGGACUCCGGCGAGGCUGAAGAGUUUGACUCUUCGAUAAAUGACCGCCUCUGCGAUGUGUGCUGGGAGAAUAUUGUUCUCGAUGAUAGCGGCGAGGAGUUUUACGAGGGCACGAGCUGCAACGAUGAGCCUACCCUCCGACAUUCAGGGGAGGGAGACGAUGGAAUAUUCUUGGAGCCCAUUCGCUUUUGGCGAGACACAUUGCCCGACUUGCCCAUGAUGGCUGAAUCUUCUGCUGCUGGGUGCCGAUAUAGGUAUGAGAUCUUCGACACAGAUCCCGGCUGGGCUUUGUGGAGAUGCGAGGUCUACGCGGUCGAACCAGCGAUCCACGGUUUGGACAAGCGCAUUGGAGCUCUUUAUUUUGACAUUGAGUCUAGCAACAGUGCGGUGCACCGGAAAACCGCUCCCGAACCAUUGGACCCGGCCAGUGUUGAAUGGCUCCAGUUACAGCUCCGGGGAUGCAACGAUGAUUGCGACCAUGGAAAGCCAGAAUCGCCAUUCUUGCCCACCAGACUGAUCCAUGUGGGUCAGAAUGAGGACGACCUCCCUCGACUCGUCAUCGUUGAAAACAUGCUCAACUCAUGUACGAUCAAUGGUCUGGAGUAUGCGGCACUGACUUAUUGCUGGGGAUCCAAAGAAGAAGCUCUCAAGCAGGCCAAAACUAUAAAAGACACGAUUUCGACCCACUGCCAAGGGGUGCCGCUUAGCUCCUUGAGUCCUGUCGUACGGGACACCAUCAAGGUUUGCAGGGCGCUCGGUAUCUUGUACCUGUGGGUUGAUACUUUCUGUAUCAUUCAAGGAGACAAUGUAGACUGGGACCGAGAGAGUCGGAUGAUGGGCCAGAUCUAUUCCUCUUGCUACGUGACCAUCUGUCCUCUCUCUUCACGGUCUUGUCUCCAAGGCUAUCUCGGACCACGACCGCAGGGCCUUGAAGUUGAAUUUCAAUCAUCGCGCCAUGAGUAUAUUAGGGAGACCUACAGACUUGUCUUUUCUUCCAUAGACAUCGACGCAGACCCACGGUGGGCGGUUGAUAGAAGGCCAGCACAAAGAAAAGAUCUCGACAAAUCCUCUUGGAAUAAGAGGGGCUGGACUUUCCAGGAGAGUAUUCUUUCACCUCACAUGAUCUGUUUCGGGCCCAACAUGAGCCAUUUUGUCUGCGAGAACCUAAUAAAAUCCGAGAACGGAUAUAUUGACCGCAAGGUGGAGCAUGGCAAACUGCAAGUCAUAAUACGGAGAGCUCUUGGAAGACCUUAUAACGAGUCGGAUCGCUCAGUGAAUAGCAUGGCAAGUGUGUACGAGCACUGGGAUUCUGUGCGCGUGAUCCAGAGAAGGGUUUGGACAUAUCGCGAAGACAUCUUCCCCGGGCUUGCUGGUAUCGCUCAGGCAUUUGCAGCAAUUACUGGCGACACGUAUCUCGCAGGCUUGUGGGAACAUUGCCUACACCAUGAGCUGAUUUGGUACAUGCCACGACCGCCAGUCGGUGACUUGGCCUCCCUUUUGCACAGCUUGCAGCACGCGGAUCCGUAUAUCGCGCCAUCAUGGAGCUGGGCUUCGCAGACAACGUACCAAGAGGACGUGGUUGGGUGGCAGCAACGUCUUCGGGGCUCUUACUAG